AUGGGAGCUUUGCAGAUUGCUGGAUUUUCCAUCCUUUUCUUUCUCCUCCACUCUGGAAACACGUUGGCAAAUAAAGCCAGUCAAGAUGUCGACGAGUGCGUGGAGGGCACUGACAACUGCCACAUCGAUGCCAUCUGCCAGAACACCCCCAAGUCCUACAAGUGCAUCUGCAAGUCUGGCUACACCGGCGAUGGGAAGCACUGCAAAGAUGUGGAUGAGUGUGAGCGGGAGGACAACGCGGGCUGCGUCCACGAGUGUGUGAACAUCCCCGGCAACUACCGCUGCACCUGCUACGAUGGCUUCCGCCUGGCGCGCGACGGCCACAACUGCCUGGACCUGGAUGAGUGCUCAGAGGGCAACGGCGGCUGCCAGCAGACCUGUGUCAACAUGAUGGGCAGCUACGAGUGCUUCUGCAGGGAGGGCUUUUUCCUCAGUGACAACCAGCACACCUGCAUCCAGCGCCCUGAAGAAGGAAUGAACUGCAUGAACAAGAACCAUGGCUGUGCCCACAUCUGCCGGGAGACCCCCAAGGGGGGCAUCGCCUGCGAGUGCCGCCCGGGCUUUGAGCUCACCAAGAACCAGCGCGACUGCAAAUUGACCUGCAACUAUGGGAACGGGGGCUGCCAACACACCUGUGAUGACACCGACCAGGGCCCCAAGUGUGGCUGCCACGUCAAGUUUCUGCUCCACUCAGAUGGGGUGACGUGCAUAGAGACGUGUGCUGUGAACAACGGGGGCUGUGACAGCAAGUGUCACGACGCAGCCACAGGUGUGCACUGCAGCUGCCCCAUGGGCUUCAUGCUCCAGCCCGACAGGAAGACCUGCAAAGACAUUGACGAGUGCCGGCUCAACAACGGCGGCUGCGACCACAUCUGCAGGAACACAGUGGGCAGCUUCGAGUGCAGCUGCAAGAAGGGCUACAAGCUGCUCAUCAAUGAGAGGAACUGCCAAGACAUUGACGAGUGCUCCUUUGACCGGACCUGCGACCACCUCUGCAUCAACACCCCUGGCAGCUUCCAGUGCCUCUGCAACAAGGGCUACACACUGUAUGGGCUCACCCACUGUGGAGACAUCGACGAAUGCAGCAUCAACCGAGGGGGCUGCAAAUUUGGCUGCAUCAACACGCCUGGCAGCUACCAGUGUACCUGUCCCACUGGCUGCAAGCUGCACUGGAACAAAAAGGACUGUACUGAGCUGGUGAAAUGCCUGCCAGGUUCAGCACCACCACGAGCCACCCUCACCUGCAACAAGACAGGCAAGAAGGACAGCUGUGCCCUCACCUGUGCCUCCAAGGCCCGCUUUCUGCCAGAAUCUGACAGCAGCUACACUGUGAGCUGUGGGACCCCCGUCCUGCGGCAGGGUGGCCAGCAAAGACCCACCAACAGCAGCCAGCAGUGCCUCGAGACUGUUGCUGCACCAAUCAAGCAAAAAGCUUCCUUCAAGAUCAAGGAUGCCAAGUGCCACCUGCACCCGCGGGCCAAGGGCAAGCAGGAUGAGGCCGGGAAGGUCGGGGUGCAAGGUGGUUCGGCACCUUGCUCCGACUGCCAGGUCACCUUUGUCAACCUCAAGUGUGACUCCUCCAAGAAGGGGAAGGGCCGCCGGGCUCGCAACUCCUCCAACAAGGAGGUGACGCGCAUCACGCUGGAGUUCGAGGCAGAGAUCAAGCCAGAGGAGACCACAGGUGGGCACGGUGCUGGCUUGGCCUGUCUCAGGUGCAGGCAGGGCUGGUGGGACCAGGGAGGUGAUGGUGGGAGCAGGGGGACAGUGGGGGGAGCAGAGGGACAGUAGUGGGACCAGAGAGCUGGUGCUGUGUCCUCCCACCGGGGGUGACAGCCACCCCAGCACAUCACUGACGUCCCCCCCCGGCUCUCAGUCAGCUGCUCGCAGGGAACGUAUUACAACGGGCAGACGGAGCAGUGUGUCCCCUGCCCCCCCGGCACCUACCAGGAGAAGGAAGGACAGCUCUCCUGUGACCUGUGUCCCCGUGGUGAUGCCUUUGGACCUGUGGGAGCCACCAACAUCAGCAGCUGCACGGGUCAGUGUCCCCCAGGCCAGCACUCAGCUGAAGGCUUCAAGCCCUGCCAGCCGUGUCCCCGCGGGUCCUACCAGCCCGAGGUGGGGGGGGCGCUCUGCNCACCCGGGGUGGGGGGGGUGGGCCAUGCUGGUGGCUGACACAGCCCUUCUUUGCUCUCUGACCCCCCCCCAGUUCAGUGCUCCCCCGGGCAUUACUACAACACCAGCGUCCACCGCUGCAUCCGCUGCGCUGUGGGCACUUACCAGCCCGACUUCAGGCAGAAUUAUUGCAUCUCCUGUCCUGGCAACACCACCACUGACUUUGAUGGCUCCACGUCCGUGUCUCAGUGCAAAAACCGGCAGUGUGGGGGGGAACUGGGCGAGUACACGGGCUACAUCGAGUCCCCCAACUACCCGGGGAAUUACCCUGCCAAUGUGGAGUGCACCUGGAACAUCAACCCGCCGCCUAAGCGCAAGAUCCUGAUCGUGGUGCCCGAGAUCUUCCUCCCCUCCGAGGACGAGUGCGGAGACGUCUUGGUCAUGCGGAAAAACUCGUCCCCAUCCUCCAUCACCACCUACGAGACGUGCCAGACCUACGAGAGGCCCAUCGCCUUCACCGCCCGCUCUCGGAAACUCUGGAUCAACUUCAAAACCAGCGAAGCCAACAGUGCCCGGGGCUUCCAGAUCCCCUAUGUCACCUACGAUGAGGACUAUGAGCAGCUGGUGGAGGACAUCGUGCGGGAUGGCAGGCUCUACGCCUCUGAAAACCACCAGGAGAUCCUCAAGGACAAGAAGCUCAUCAAAGCUUUCUUCGACGUGCUGGCACAUCCCCAGAACUACUUCAAGUACACGGAGAAGCACAAGGAGAUGCUGCCCCGCUCCUUCAUCAAACUCCUCCGCUCCAAAGUCUCCAGCUUCCUCCGGCCUUACAAAUAGCCCCGCAGCCAAGGAAAACCUCUUCUCCCUUCCUUCUCCUUUUCAAUUUUCUCCUUCCUCCACUCGGCUCUGGCAGGACCACCACCUCCCACCCCACAGA